AUGGCAUAUGUGUUUGUUUUACUUCCUUCACAUCUAGGAAUAAGAUUUCGAUCUGCAAUACUGGGAAUGACAUACAAAAAACUUCUGAAGUUGAAGAGUAUGAAUGGGAGGAUUGCGUCUGAAAUAAUAACAAUAUUUGGGUCGGAUGCCUUGAGAGUGUUUAUGAACACUCUGAUGUUCGUGUAUCUCAUUGCCAUGCCCAUCUACCUGAUAAUAGGGACCGUAUAUAUCUACUACCUCAUUGGACUGUGGUGCUUCGUAGCUUUUGCAAUAUUCAUUGUCAUCUUCGCAAUACAGGUAAGAAAGAUGAACGAAGUUCUCGCUAGCAUGAGGUUGAUUAAAAUGUAUGCGUGGGAAGACUCUUUUAAAAAUUCUAUUAUGGAUAUAAGGGAAACUGAAACUAAACCCCUGUUGCAAUCGACAAUAUUAAAUGCGAUUUCCAUUGCCAUCAUCCCGAUUACCCCGUCACUAGCUACGGUAGCCACCAUAGCAACGUACGUCAAUGCGGGAAAUGAACUGACAGCGUCGACGGGUUUUUCUAUCGUCGCUACCCUCACCUUCAUGCGGAUCGUAGUGUCGUACGCUCCGUUCUCCGCUCGGAUAUUUGGAGAAACCUUGAUAAGUUUUGAGAGAAUAAAGCGUUUCAUGUUGGAAGAAGAAUUCAAGCCACCAGGACGAGAUGUCGUCAAUUCUGAUAAUGCUAUUGAGCUCCAUGAUACGGUGUUUACGUGGGAUGGCAAUAACAACAACAAUCCAGACGACAAUCUUACGUCUGAGGAAUCCGAAAAAUCAAACCACGAGUCAUCAUCGCUAGUACUGCAGAACAUCAAUCUAACAGUCAUUAGGGGGAAGCAUAUUGGAAUAUGUGGAGCUGUCGGCUGUGGCAAAUCGUCCUUGUUACAAGCACUGAUCGGACGGAUGCCACUGCUAACUGGACGUCUGGCUGUUGACGGUUCCGUAGCCUACGCAGCACAGCAGGCCUGGAUAUUUAACGGGACGUUGAGGGAAAACGUCCUUUUUGGAAAUCCCUAUAAUCCAGAUUGGUACAGAAAGGUUUUAACCGCAUGUAGCUUGGAUCCAGAUCUCCGUAUACUGGCCAAUGGUGACAUGACUGAGAUUGGUGAUAAAGGCACUAAUCUUAGUGGUGGUCAGAAACAGCGCGUGAUCCUGGCACGUGCCGUCUACAGUAAACGCGACAUAUAUCUCCUUGACGACCCGCUGUCUGCUGUUGAUGUCCAUGUUGGGCAGCACCUGUUCCACAAAUGCAUUGAUAAAGUUUUAAGGGAUAAAACUGUUGUUUUAGUAACCCACCAAUUGCAGUAUUUAAAACAUUGCGACGAGAUUUACGUGAUGGAUGAUGGUGAAAUAACCGAACAUGGAUCAUACGAGUGGUUGUUGGCCAAGGAGGGACAUUACAAAAGGUUGAUGGAACAAUUCAACUACAACCUAGACGAGACACGUGCUGAAGAUGGUACAAAGUUCGCCGACAAUGAUAUAGACCAGGAGAAAUCUAUUGAUAUAUCCAAAAUACAACAGCAGAAUGAUUCUUCAGGAACGGUUGACUAUGACAACAACUAUGAAAAGGGUUUUUGUAUUCUGACCGACAGAGAGACAUCACAAUCUGGCGGAAUAAGUGUAGGUUCAUACAUGAGCUACGUUUGUGCAGCCGGAGGCAAUAUAGUGAUAUCUAUUGUGUUCCUGCUGUAUGUGUUAGCCAUUUCUUCGGUUUCAUUCAGUGAAUGGUGGCUUGGACUUUGGAUUCAGCAGAGGACUACCAAGGAUCAGAUAACACUCCUUUCUGACUCCAACGCUACAAACAUGAUAUGGUCAAUUAGUGAUAGUACCACCAUGUCCACAGUACCGGCAGCAAAUACGACGUCCUCCUCGGAGAUGGAAGAGGAACUAGAGGAAACGGAUUGGUAUUUGAUUGUUUAUAUGUUUACAACUCUAGUGAUAGCUGUACUGGCUGUACUGAAAGGAGUAACUUCCGGCACAGUGUUGAUAAAGGCUGCAGUGACCCUGCACAACAAUGCCGUAGUGAGAGUGAUGAGUGCUCCUAUGCAGUUUUUUGACGCAAACCCACCGGGUCGACUCCUUAAUCGAUUCUCGCGUGAUGUAGAGGAUGUUGAUGUGUUCCUCCCUAAUCUGAUGGAUAAUCUACUCCAGGUCACGAUCCUGAUAAUAGCAUCUAUUGUCAGCGUAUCCUACAAUUUCCCCUUCCUCCUCAUCGCAGUUGUUCCCGUUGGAUUGUACUGUUAUGUUAUUAAAACCAUGGCAGCCGUGUCAAUCCGAAAUAUCAAACGACUUGAGAAUGUCGUAAGGUCACCACUUUUAAGUCAUGUGACCACAUCAUGUUAUGGACUUAGUACCAUUGUUUCCUACUCGCAAGAAAACAACUUCGUGAAUGGAUUCAAAGAAUACUCGGACAAGACUUCAAUGGGACUCUUUCUCUUUGAAUCUUGCAUCUACUGGAUGGGCCUUCGAUUAGACUUUGGCGGUUCUGUACUGACAAUAAUUAUAAUUAUAGUUGUACUCUUCACAAAGGGAACCAUAUCUCCUGCUUUGGCUGCUCUCUCACUCACCAUGUCCAUCAAUAUCCUCGACAUCGAGAGGGAAACUGGGAGUUCGAAAGUAGACGAAAACUGGCCAAGCCAAGGAAGGAUAACAUUCUCCAAUGUGAUGAUGAAAUACCGAAGUGACAUGGAUCUGGUGCUGCGGAACAUCAUUUUCGAUAUCCUUCCCAAACAGAAGGUCGGCAUUGUCGGCCGCACGGGAGCGGGUAAAUCUUCCUUGGCCGCGGCGCUCUUCAGAUUGACUGAUAUAUCAGGAGGGCAAGUGGUCAUUGAUGACGUAGAAAUUGGAACUGUAUCGCGUAAACUUUUGCGUUCAAUGUUGUCGUCGAUUCCACAAGACCCUGUCCUUUUUGCUGGUACACUGAGAUAUAAUCUCGAUCCAUUAGGCAAAUACACGGACGCAGACAUCUGGGCCGCACUGGAACAGGUCCAUAUGAAAGAAAAGAUGAAACUCCUUGAACAGACUCUUUACUUACACAUUGCGGAAAAUGGAGAAAAAUUCUCUGUGGGUGAACGACAACUAAUAUGUUUGGCACGUGCAAUCUUACGUCAAAAUAAGAUCCUCCUCCUAGAUGAGGCCACAGCGUCCAUCGACACGUCCACAGACGCCUUGAUCCAGGAGACGAUCCGGGACAGCUUCUCCGACUGUACUGUCCUUACGAUCGCUCACAGACUCAACACCGUCUUACAUUGUGACGUCAUACUAGUUAUGGAGGCUGGACGGGUGAUAGAAACUGGCAAUCCGCAGACGUUGUUACAGAAUCCGUAUUCACAUUUCAGCAAUAUGAUUCGCGCCCAAAAUGUGCAGCCAACUGAGGUUUAA